UUUUACAAGUUUCACAAAAUAAAACGACGAACGAAAUGGCUUCUUUCGACGAUGAUUCGGACGAGGAAGAAACGUUUGUUACGCUCGGAACUCCACUUGAAGUUCCAGAUGAAGAUGAACCAGUUAAGAAGCCAGUGCAGUUGGAUGACAUGCAGGCAACUGACAGUCAGGGCAGACCCAGGUUUCAUGGAGCAUUUACUGGUGGUUUUUCAGCGGGAUACUUCAACACAGUUGGCUCAAAGGAAGGGUUUGUUCCAAAGACAUUUGUGUCAUCGAGAGCAAAACGUGCGGAGGGUUCUGAGGGUGGGCAGCGACCAGAGGACUACAUGGAUGAGGAGGAUGUUGGAGAACACGGUAUUGCCCCCAGGAAGUUUGUCACUGGAGGAAUGUUUUCUUCCGAAGAGAGGCGCAAAAGGCGAAUGGACGAAGCCAAGUUAGCAACAUCUGAUAGCAUACUUGGAGGUGAUAACAGCUUACUAAGUGUGAUAGUUCCUGAAAGGUAUGACAGGGUAACAAUAGGAGUGAAACUUCUCCGAAAGAUGGGAUGGAAGGAAGGCCAGGGAAUCGGACCAAGGAUCUCUAGAAAGCAGAAAAGACUACAGGGCAAGAAGCUGUACGGUUGUGCCGGGCCUUCAGACAGUGAUGAUGAAGAUUUGGAUGACAAGUCAGUCCUUAGUGAUGUCACAUUUGCCCCUCUGGACUCAGCACAUGUUCUUCUAGGAGUGAAAGAGAACACGCACGGUCUAGGAUACAGUGGUCUGGACCCACGUAAGGCCCUGCCCUCCACCCAUGUAAACCUGUUUGAGCUGCCACCUGUCCGCAAAGGGGCCACUAGCAGAAAAGGAAUAAGGGGCCAGGCAUUCGGCGUGGGUGCACUGGAGGAUGAAGACGAGGACAUCUACACGCGGGAUGACAUGUCUAACUACGACCUGGCCAUCGGGGACGAGGGGGACAACAACUUUGGAUGGACUGCUCCUAAACAUAGAGGCAAGGAACAGCAGACUCCCGUUGGUUAUGUUGGCAAGAUGCUUGAAGGGUUUUCACUUUCCUCCAAGAAACUCGUGCAGUCAAAGGAGUUUCCACCACCCAGUCUGCCUCGGGAUUACAGACCUGUCCACACUUUCCCCAAGCCAGUCUCUGCAAUCCCCAGCAGUGUGGGUCAGCCAACUGGAGGGGUAGACUACAGGAAGUUCCUUAGACCUGAUAUUGAUGAGACCCCUUUAUUGGGACCAACGUCUACAUGCAUGACCCUGGAUCCUGUAUCUGGGCAGCACACAGGGAGCUCAGGGCCCAGGGCUGGGGACAGGAAGGAGAGGCAUGAUGCCCUCAGUAGGAGUGUGGCAUUGGAGGAGCAGCCUUUUGUAGGGUCGGUGUUUGAUUUGAUCCCUAAGGCUGACAGGGCAAGAAUGACUCAGGCAAAACAGGGUCUUAGCCCUGGCGUAGGUGCAGAUCUCAACACUUUACCCAGUGGAGAUGCCAUGUUUAAGGUGCCAGCUCCACCACCAAUGCCUGUGUCUGCACUUUUGCCAAAGAAGUCGUUUGUGAGUGCAGGGAGUGAGACGCUUGGGCCAGCUGUUGAGGAAACAGACACACAAAAGACCAUCACAAGCCCUUUGAGUAUUGAAGAUGGCCGACAGAGUGCUGCCCCUUUGUUUCAAGGUGCGGUUGGGUUCCAGCCCUUUAGUAGGGACCCGGCCAAGCAGGGGAGAUAUGAGCGCUACCUGGAGCUGAUCAGGCAGGGACAUAAAGACCCCUACUCAGCUGUGGGUGGUGGGCGUGGUCACACAGAGUGGGAGGUGGAGAGGGAGAGGGAGGAGUUUAGUAAGGCUGCCAAGCUGUACCGCCCCUUAGCAACCAUGAUGGCUGCCAGGUUCACAAGUGGUGGGACAUACGAGCAGGGAGAGCAGAUAGAAGUGAAGGUUGAAGAAAACGCGGAAACCAGUGACGCUGCAAAGGCUGCCAAGAUGAAAAUGUUUGGGAAACUGACAAGAGAGGUGCACGAGUGGCAUCCAGACAACCUGGUCUGCAAGAGAUUCAAUGUGCCAAAUCCAUAUCCAGGUUCAACUAUUGUGGGAUUGACAACAGUGAAGCGUGAUAAAUAUUCAGUGUUUAAUUUCCUGAACUUUGCUAACCCAAAUGAAAUGGCCUAUGACGCAAAGAAAACUGAUAAUUCGAAAUUAAAUACUGAAAGGGACUGUGAAAAAGCUGAUGAAAAAUCUGAAGAUGUUGCUCAAAAAGUGGAUAAAGAAUUAAACAAAGGCAAAGCCAUGAAGUCUAUUUUUAGCCAUUUAAUGGAAACUGAAAGUGAAACUCAAAGAAAAACAAAACCAAUCUCAUUUAGUAUGAAGUCAAAGCCAUCCAAUAAACCCAAAGAAUUCAAGUCCAUAUUUAGCCACUUGGAAAAUGAAGCGCAAUCUGUGAUAUCAAAGACAGUUACGUCAGAAACAAAACCUGGGGAAGAAUCAAAGAUGGAAACUACAUCUGUGAAUGUGGAUGUGGUAGAAAGUCAGACAAUUUCACAGAUAAAAGAGAAAUCAUCGGAAGAAGACAGCCCUGGCAUGGACUUAUUCAGAGCUAUUUUUAGGAACACUGAUUCAGAGGCAAGUUCAAGUUCGGAGGAUGAGGUUGAAGGUCAAGAGGGUCAAGGUUCAGCUUGGGGUCAGCAGGCAUUAGGGAAUAACCCCCAACAGACUGUGGGAGUGAAGGAUGAUGCAUCACAUAUGGUUGCCAUGGAGACAGGCCACAGUACUCCUGUGGGGUGCCUCGGAUCCACCAGCAGGCUCUGCCCACCAAACAGCAUGGUGGAGGAGUCAGACCCAUAUGGCCCUUCACUGCCCCUUGCAGCAGCCAAUGACCCAGUUUCCGGUACCUCUGUUCAAUCCCUGCCUGGGUACACACCCCGCUCCCCCUGCAGCUCUGACGAGGGGUCAGAUGAGUAUGGACCUGCACUCCCACCAGCCGGACCUUCAGAUGCCAAUGGGUCGGGUCCAUUAGACAUUGUGGAUCUCACCACACCGAUGCCUGACAUGUAUGUGGACCUCACCAGAGACACCUCUCGGAAACACAAACACAAGGACAGACAUAAACACAAGAAAAACAAGAAGGACAAACACGCGAAAAGCAAGCACAAGAAAAAAGGCAAGAAGAAAGACAAAAAGAAGCGUUCGAGGCGUGAUCCUAGCAGCAGUGAUACUUCUGACAGCAGCGGAAAUGAAGAUGUAGACACUGACAGACAGAUACUGCAGAGAUUAAAGUCCUUGCAGUCAGCACAGAAGAUAAGUGGAGCUAGCUGGUUGUGACAUCUUGGCCACAUUGUAUGGUGGUGUCACAAAUAAAACUGAUCAAGUU